CAAUGUCCUUUCUCAGUGCUUGUCAAGGAGGGGUUAGUGUGGAAGAUUGUGGAGAGAGAGAGAGAGAGAGAGAGAGAGAAUAGCGGGUUCUCAAUAUACGUCUUAGUUUAGGUUUGGAUUUACUAGUCACAGAGUAAAUAAGCAUUAAAUGUGCAGAGGGGUUUGCUUUGCCUGCUUUUAUUUGUGUUGCAGGGAAGAGAGUGAAAAUCAAGAAAGAGAAGUUCUUUGUGAGCUCUCUGAGUUGUGCUAGUGGAGUUUUGGCAUAUCUUCACCUGCAGAUUUUAAGGCUUUAAGGGCUUUCUUUCCUUUCUACUAACCGUCAAGAUUAUGUGAAACCCUUUUCUCCAUCUUUUUUACUGAUUUUCUUGCUGAAUGCGAGUUUCUUUUGCAAAAUUUGGGGAUCUGGGUUUUGGGUUCUAGGGUUUGACUGUUUCUCUUUCUUGAGUUUCUUCCAAAUUUGUUUUCCUUGUUUAACUUUUCACUGAAUGGGGCUUUGACUUUAUUGAAUUCUGUCAUUUGAAUUUUGGGUUUUAUGUUUCUGUGGGUUUUCACCUGGAAAUUUUUGGAGCUGGGCUGACAUCUUUUUUAGUUUCUAUAAAUUUCUCUUUCAUUUUCAGGUUCUUCAUUUCUAGUUAGUUUAUUGAAGAAAUCUAUAUUCACAGCUUUGUUGAUCUAGUUCUAAAGCGAAAACCCUUUCUACAGAACCUAGAAUUUGAAACUGACCCUCCACUGUUUCUCGGACAUGGGCUAAACUCAACUGAAACCAACUGUUUCCUUGAGUCUUGAGCUAGGUUACUUUCUUCAUUCUCGCUCAGAUUGGUUGUAAAGUCAAAAGCUUUGAUGCAUCUUUCACUGUGGAAGCCCAUAUCUCAUUGUGCUGCUCUAAUCCUGGACAAGAAGAGCAGGAAAAAGGAUGGGUCUGAAUCCAAUCUUGAACUCAAGAAGAACUCGUCAAUUCUUCGGAAACUGCAAGAACAUAAGCUCAGGGAGGCUCUUGAAGAAGCAUCUGAAGAUGGGUCUCUCUUCAAAUCCCAAGACAUGGAGUCUGAGUCACUUGGAAACCAGGACGAGAGCCUUGGGCGAUCAAGAUCCCUAGCGAGACUACAUGCCCAGCGUGAAUUCUUACGUGCCACUGCCCUUGCUGCAGAACGCAUAUUUGAGUCUGAAGAUUCCAUUCCUGACCUCCAUGAGGCUUUCUCCAAGUUCCUCACAAUGUACCCUAAGUACCAGUCUUCAGAGAAGAUUGAUCAGCUAAGAUCAGAUGAGUAUGGACAGUUGAGUCCAAAGGUAUGCCUUGAUUACUGUGGAUUUGGGCUUUUUUCAUAUCUUCAGACUUUGCAUUAUUGGGAUUCUUCUACAUUUAGCUUAUCUGAGAUAACUGCAAAUUUGAGUAAUCAUGCUCUUUAUGGUGGUGCUGAGAAAGGCACUGUGGAACAUGAUGUAAAGACCAGAAUUAUGGAUUAUCUGAACAUCCCUGAGCAUGAGUAUGGCCUUGUUUUUACUGUGAGUAGAGGUUCCGCAUUUAAAUUGCUUGCAGAAUCGUACCCUUUUCAUACCAAUAAGAAGUUGUUGACCAUGUUUGAUUAUGAGAGCCAGUCUGUGAGUUGGAUGGCUCAGAGUGCCAAAGAAAAAGGUGCAAAAGUUUAUAGCGCAUGGUUCAAAUGGCCAACUCUUAAACUCUGUUCCACUGAUUUGAGAAAGCAAAUUUCAAGCAAGAAGAGGAGGAAGAAGGACUCUGCAGUUGGUUUGUUUGUAUUUCCAGUGCAGUCAAGAGUUACUGGGGCCAAGUAUUCAUACCAAUGGAUGGCACUGGCUCAGCAGAACAAUUGGCAUGUCUUGCUUGACGCUGGGUCAUUGGGUCCCAAAGAUAUGGAUUCACUUGGGUUGUCCUUGUUUCGGCCUGAUUUCAUUAUUACUUCAUUUUACAGAGUAUUUGGGCAUGAUCCAACUGGCUUUGGUUGUCUUCUUAUCAAGAAAUCUGUGAUGGGAAACCUUCAGAAUCAGUCUGGAAGUACAGGGUCUGGAAUGGUAAAAAUCACACCUGAAUAUCCUUUGUAUUUGAGUGAUUCUGUUGAUGGUCUGGACAGAUUGGUUGGUAUUGAAGAUGAUGAAGUUGUUGGGAAUGCUGAAACUACAACAGAAACUCGCCCAGGCUCACAGUUGCCUGCCUUUUCUGGUGCAUUUACAUCUGCUCAGGUGAGGGAUGUAUUUGAGACAGAGAUGGAACAGGAUAACAGUUCUGAUAGAGAUGGGACGAGCACCAUAUUUGAAGAAAUUGAAAGUAUUUCAGUUGGUGAAGUAAUGAAAAGCCCAGUCUUUAGUGAAGAUGAAUCGUCAGACAACUCAUUCUGGAUUGAUUUGGGUCAGAGUCCAUUGGGAUCAGACACAGCAGUUCAGUUAAACAAACAGAAAAUGUCCUCUCCCUUACCACCUUUCUGGUUUUCUGGCAAGAAUAGCCACAAGCGAAUCUCUCCAAAACGAACAUCAAAGAUAUAUGGCAGCCCAAUAUAUGAUGACAGGGGGGUAAACAUGGGGCCACAAGAUGACCAUCAUAUGCUGUCUUUUGAUGCUGCUGUGAUGUGUGUUUCACAGGAAUUGGACCAUGUUAAGGAGGUUCCUGAAGAAGAACAGUUGACAGAAACAAACUGCACUCUGCCAAAUGGUAAAAAGGGUUCCGAUCGUCCACAUGUUCGUGAGAUUGAGGAAGAACCUGGAACCAGCAACCCACAUUCAGCUGGUUCUUUGUCAAAUUCUGCUGUAAAUAGAUCUAAACUCAAUAAUUCAACAUCUGCUGCUGUGCAUCAUAGCCUAGCAAAUGGCUCAACCUCAGCAAUUGGCUCAGAGAUGAAAGAGAGUGCUAUCAGAAGAGAAACAGAAGGUGAAUUCAGGUUGUUGGGAAGAAGGGAAGGGAAUAGAUAUGCUGGUGGUAGAUUUUUUGGUUUGGAAGAGAAUGAACAUCCAAGCAGGGGAAGAAGGGUAUCAUUUAGCAUGGAGGACAACCAUAAUGAUCAUCUAAGUCGUGCUCAGGAGCCAGGAGAAGUAUCUGUAACCAGCCUGGAUGAUGAAGAGUACACAAGUGAUGGGGAAUAUGGCGAUGGGCAAGAGUGGGAUAGGAGGGAACCUGAGAUUAUUUGCCGGCAUUUGGAUCAUGUGAAUAUGUUGGGUCUCAAUAAAACCACACUUAGGCUGAGAUUUUUGAUCAAUUGGCUUGUGACCUCAUUGCUUCAACUAAGGUUUCCCAGUUCAGAUGGGGAAGGAAGAGUGCAUCUUGUUCACAUCUAUGGCCCGAAAAUAAAAUAUGAAAGGGGUGCAGCUGUUGCUUUCAACGUUAGAGAUAGAAAUCGGGGGCUGAUAAAUCCAGAAGUUGUUCAGAAGCUUGCUGAAAGAGAAGGUAUCUCUCUUGGCAUUGGUUUUCUUAGUCACAUAAGGAUAUUGGAUAGCCCAAAACAGCAGCGUGGUAAUUUGAACCUUGAAGAUACCACUCUAUGUAGGCCAAUGGAAAAUGGGCAACACAAUGGAAAAAGUGGGUUCAUAAGGAUUGAGGUGGUCACUGCAUCUCUGGGAUUUCUCACCAACUUCGAGGACGUUUACAAAUUAUGGGGUUUUGUUUCCAAGUUUCUUAAUCCAGCCUUUAUCAAAGAGGGUAGUCUUCCAACAGUUGAAGAGGGGACAGAGACGUGAGUUCCGCAAUAUUACAGUUCCAGGAUGAAACAAGUGGAUGCUUUUGAGCAUGUAAAAUCAAUUGGGGUAUAAAUCUGAGAGUCAGAGCUGAAGAUCAGAAGCUACAGAGAAGCUCGGAAAGUGUUUAUGGCCAUAUUCUUUUGCUCUUCCUCCGGACUCUAUGAUUCAACGGGUGAAUUUGUUAAUUCUUGCUUGUUUGAUUUUUCCCCCCCUUUCUCCUUUUGGGUCAUUGUAGAGGGUGGCAUUAGAAUUUAUAUAUCAACUCGGGAAGUUAUGUUGACCUCAAAGCAGAUUUGUAUGGGUGGCAAUUUCUCCACUCAACAAUCUGCUUUUGGUCUAAAUACAAAGUCAAAAUUUCUUGCUUCUGUUAAAAAACUUGACCUUAUUUUUGCCUGUUGUAGUUUAUAAUACAAUUCAGUGGCAGGAAGGCAGUGUUUUGCUUA